AUGCAGUACUUUAAAAUGGUAAGUUCAAGAAGAUCACCCACAUGAAUUGAAUUUCAAAGCUUGAUGUGUGAAGGAAAUGGUUCUAAAAUCUUGGUUCUCAACGUCUACGAACUUUUUAAAGUGGCAAAAUGAAAGAAGUUUGGAAAUUGCGCUCUACAGCUUUCCGCAUAAAUUCAGCGCUGAAUAUGACUGGCUUUUCACGUGGAAUUGCGGUAGAGCGAGAUUGUCAGAAUAGUGAGGUGUGGAUAAAUCGCUGAAAAUUUUCUGCAUAGCUGCUCAUAAACAGUUGAAUUUUACUCCGAUCUGAGUUAUGGUCGGUCAAUACGCCAAACACAUCACCUCUUGUUUUUAUUAUUCUUUUUACGGGUCAAAUGAGCGCCAGACUCACAUCCGAACUCUUUUCAACACAUUACUCUCGCCUGACUGAUAAUAACCGUGUUCCGUUCCUCUCCCUCUCUCUCUCUCUCUCGCAAUUACCCUCUCUUUUUUCAGCCCCUGCUCUUCUGCUUCCUGUUAUUCAUCGUCGUCAUUCUUCCAUCGCAGACCGCGGCGCAAGACCAAAAUGAGGAAUCCUUCUUCCGGCUCCGUGAGUUUUCUCAAUACUACUUUUUCUCCUUCAAUUGUAAACACACCGGGUCGUCGACUCGGGCCGAUACCGACAGCGCCAAGGCAUGUGAUUGUUGCAGAAAAGUCCGGUCGUCCAGUGAUGAAGGCGUUCAUGAACCGUUUCCCGUAUCACAACCCAAUGUUCACACUUCGCGAGCAAGGAGGUCGCCAACAUCCGUUUUCUGGUUUUUGA